UCGAGGAACAGCCUGUCAACCUAUUGAAGUUCAGCGCAGCCAUUUUUGAAGUGAUCGGUAUCGAAUCGAUGGCUGUGCCAGUGGCAGAGAGACAGACAGGCCGGAUUUCUACACAAGUCCACGGAAUUGGUUCGUAAAUGGAAAGGUUUGAGAAAAUGGAAUAAUGUAAGCAUACAUAAGUAUUCGGUGACAAUAGGCCUAGCUGUUUUGUCGAGGGCACCUGAGAACGUGCGGUAAACAGUAGGCCUCACGUAAGGACUGAGCUGUGUAUAAUACACACGGGUGGAUUCCGACGUAGGAUUCCUGUCCUGCUGUGUGUAGAUAGUGAAAAUGGUUAUUCUAACAAGCGGAAUGGGGAAGUGUAUGUGUGUUGUGCUGUGGUUUAUGCUACAUAUAAUUCCUAGUUUGUGUUUCACGGUUGUUAUUCCUCGUGUUGCUGAAAUUGGAAGUGAAGUGUUCAAUGUGAGUCAUGGGCCGGGCUGGUCUUACAGUGUAGACCUUUACAGUACGAGCGCCCGGGCCCUGGGGUUUGUGACGUUGGACUCAAGUACGGGGGUCCUGUAUCUCAAUAAACAUGUGUCAUGUGAGGAGGACAGUCCCUCAUUAUAUAGGGUGUUAGCCAGGAAAAACACCCACGAAACACGAGGACAGGUGCCCGCUAAUCAUACCGUUACAACCCUGUUACUACAAGGAGAACAUUGCCUAACUCCAAUAGACCAUAGGAAGCAGAAACGGACGUAUCAAAGGCAAACAUACUUCAUUGUGGUAUAUGGCAAUUUUUUAAAUGAAAAUGGUUGUAUUCAACCAGAUCAAAAUAUUUUAGAUAUAAAUAAUCACAUUCCAGUAUCAUUCCGAUCAUGUAAUAAUUUUGUCAACAGUAUCGACACUCAAAGUUUGAUUCACGACAGGAAAACUGCGUCCAUUAUCACAGACAGGCAGGUAUGCUUACACAGUCAUAACUGGUCUUUCAAUUUUAAUCUCAUAAUGUAUUGUAAAGAUAUGGAGACUGACAUGAAGGUAAAUGUUGUGAUCCAUAACUUAAGGAAUGUCCAAAUCAACCCCACCAUGUACGAAAUAAAAAGUCAGGGCUCCAGGCAUAUACGUUUAAAACGAGCUACUACAAUAAACAACCCCCCUGCAUUCGCACAAGAUAUGUAUACCAAAAGUGUUCUAGAAGAACAGAAUCCUGGCUUGCAUGUGAUCACAAUAACGGCCACCGAUGACGACACAGGAAACGACGGAACAUUGACCUACAGUCUGGAGGCCACCAGUGACCAGAGAAGUAAGGAGAUGUUUGCCAUUCAUCCAAUCAUGGGACGCGUUAACACAACUAAACGCUUAGACAGGGAGGAAAUCCGCGUUCAUUACCUGCAGGUUAUAGCGACAGAUAAUGGUUCUCCUUCUAGAAAUGCACAAACUUUUCUGACAGUUCAAGUCACAGAUGUGAACGAUCAUGCCCCAGUAUUUGAGAAAAGUGUUUUUUAUCAAGAUGUCAAGGAAAGUAUAGGUGUUUCAACUACAAUCAUGUCUGUCAGGGCGACAGAUAAAGAUUCGGGUGACAACCAGGAGAUUCGGUAUAGGAUUAUCAAUCCUUCUGGACCAGCUAGCCAAACGUUCAUGAUUGACCCUAUUUCUGGAAGUAUCACUACCAAGACUCUCCUGGAUAGAGAGUCGAAAGCCUCCUAUCAGCUAUUGGUACAGGCCAUGGAUCAGGGCGAGACAUCUCUUAGGAAGUCUUCCACCGCUACCAUCAACAUUAAUAUACAGGAUGUGAAUGACAAUAGCCCUCAGUUUUCACAGAAACUCUACACAGUCAAUAUACCAGAGGGUCACGAUUACACCUCUUCCCCUGUCAUUGCUUAUGUGUCCGCAACUGAUACUGACCAGGGCGACAACAGAAUCAUAUCGUACAGCAUCUUUGGCGGAAAUACUGACAAUACUUUCAAGAUAGAUAGAAGUACUGGUGAGCUGUCAAUACAGGCAGCUCUAGACCGGGAAAAAGUGAGUGAAUAUUCCCUGUUGAUUCGUGCUCAAGAUGGAGGCUCACCAAUGAGAUCGAAUACAACAGUGGUUCGGGUGACAGUUUUGGAUGUUAAUGACAAUGACCCCUAUUUUUAUGCACCCCCAUAUCAACACUCCGUAAAAGAGGAUGUUGCUGUCAACACAACAGUUUUGUCGGUCCAAGCCACAGAUAAAGAUGACGGACUUAACGGUGAACUUGUUUACUCUUUAUUGUUAACACCAGUUGAUUUUCCCUUCAAAAUUGAGGAAAAUACGGGCGACAUAAAAGUAAAAUUGCCGUUGGAUAGGGAAGCUGGAGAUAUGUAUAAAUUUGUUGUAAAAGUCCAAGACAAAGGCACAGAAGUGAGAUCCGCAACAACGGAUGUCACAAUAACAAUAAGUGACGUCAAUGACAAUCAUCCAAUAUUUCCUCACAGCGUUUACAACAAGACUGUUCGAGAAGAUGAGGAACCUGGUGCCAAGGUCAUACUAAGUUUGACAGCCAUGGAUGCUGACAGUGGCGACAAUGCUCUGGUGGAUUAUUCUAUAAUAUCUGGGAAUCAGGAUGAUGCAUUUAGAAUCAACACCCUCAAUGGAGAAGGGCUUAUUAAAGUUAACAAACACCUGAACUACAAGCAAGUGUCCCGUUAUGUCCUUGGUGUCCGUGCCACAGACAAGGGAGGGAAGUAUGACGAGGCUGAAGUCCACAUUCUUAUACUAGACACAAAUCGCCACACUCCGGUGUUCCAAGGAACUCCCUAUACUAUCAACGUUGAGGAGAAUAUCGCCAUCGACACAUCUGUGUACCAAGUAGUGGCCUUGGACGACGACAUCGGAGAAAACGCUCGAUUGACUUACGAACUACACGGAUCCACCUCAUUUUACAUUGACUCCACUUCAGGCGAAAUUUUCACGCGUGUUGUUUUAGACAGGGAAAAGAAAACAGGAGAAGCGUUUUAUGUAACUGCCCAAGAUCAUGGUGUUCCAUCCAAAACUGCAACAACCGAUGUCACUGUUAUUAUUAAUGAUAUGAAUGACAAUUCCCCGGAGUUCUCUCAAAAAGCUUACGAAGGUAGUGUCGUGGAGAAUGCUCAAGAUGGAUUCCGAGUCUUACAAAUAACUGCCACAGACAGAGAUGAACAGGACAAUGCAUUCGUCCAGUACACAUUUCAGGGUGGAAAUGAUGGAGAUGGGGAUUUUGAAAUUGAUUCCGCAUCUGGGGCAAUUCGAGUAGCUCAGCCGUUGGAUAGAGAAACCACAAGCCUAUAUGUGCUAAAGGCUUAUGCCGUGGACAAGGGUGUUCCGGCUCGUUCCACAUCCACCAUCAUCACAAUUCGUGUUGAAGACAUCAAUGACAAUCGACCAAUUUUUCCCAGUAGCACUAUUGAAAUUAAAGUGAUGGAGAAUAUCCCUAUGGAAUCGAUCAUCGCUCAGGUGUCUGCUGUUGAUCCAGAUGAGGGGGUUAAUGCCGAGGUGGAGUACGAAAAAGUUGGAGGAGGUGACGCCGACUUCUUUAAAUUAGAGUAUCGUCCAGGGGGACCAGCAAUUCUAAGAAAUUUGAUAUAUCUCGAUUACGAAGAAACUAAAAAGGUGUACCAGGUUUUGAUCAGAGCAAAGUCGGAUCCGUUUUUCAGUGAAGCUCUUGUACUAAUCAUGGUCCAAGAUGUAAAUGAUAAUGAGCCUAUUCUAAAGGAUUUUACAAUUAUUUUCAACAACUUCGAUGACAAUUUUAUCACAGGAGUCAUAGGGCGAGUCCCUGCAACUGAUCCGGAUGAGAUAGACAGAGCUAAACUUGUCUACGAGUUUGUUGCAGGAAAUGAUGCAGAAUUCCUUCAUCUAAAUCAGUCGACAGGACAGUUAACUCUAGAUUAUAGAUUGAACUCGGAUGUCCCUAGAAACGGCACCUUUCAAGUCAAAGUUUCAGAUGGUAGGAAUGAAGUGAAAGCGACGUGUCAGCUGUAUGUGAGAUUGGUACGAGCGGAGAUGUUGCAGAACAGUGUCACCAUCAGACUAAAUAACAUGACACAGACGGCCUUCCUCUCCCCUCUAUACAAGUUCUUUGUGGAUGCCUUGGCCACCAUUAUGUUGACCGAGGAAAAGCAUGUGUUUGUUCUCAACAUCCAGAAUGACACUGACGUUAACACUCAGAUUCUUAACAUAAGCGUGUCGGUCCGUAAGCCUGACGGGAUGUUUCACCCAGCAGAGUAUCUCAAGGAACAAAUCUACCUACAACGAAUCCUACUGGCCAAUCUCUCCACCCUUCAGGUAUUGCCAUUUGAUGACAACUUGUGUGUGAUUGAACCAUGCCCCAACUUUGAAAUCUGUUUGUCACACGUAUCCUUCGACGAAGCUGCACCUUUCAUAACAUCGGACAUGAUGCUGUUCCGGCCAAUACGUCCGUACAACGGUAACACCUGUAAAUGCCCAAAAGGUUUCACAGGGAUGAGGAAUGACUUCCUGUGUGACACGGAGGUAAACCUGUGUUACAGUAACCCCUGCCUCAAUGGAGGAACGUGUGUGCGUAGAGAGGGCGGAUACUCUUGUCGGUGUGGAGACAGCUUUACAGGCACUAACUGUAACAUCAACAUGACGAAGAAGUAUGAUGCUGCGACCUGUCCCCAGGACCUCUGUCAGCCUCCGUCCACCUGUGUGCCCCUCAUCAAGGGAGGUUUCCGCUGUGAGGGCUGCCCCUCUGAGCCACACUUCAACAGCUUCUGUCAGCUGACCACGCGGCGGUUCCCAAAGGGCUCUUUCCUGACCUUCCCCUCCCUCAAACAACGAAACCGGUUCACCAUCCAACUGAAAUUUGCAACCCAGCAGCAAAAUGGACUGUUGUUUUACAAUGGCCGGUUUAAUGAGAACCAUGACUUCAUUGCUCUUGAGUUGAUCGAUGGUCAAGUACAGUUCUCCUUUUCACUGGGGUCGAACAUCACCACCAUCUCCUCAAACGUACUCGGAGGUCUCGGCAACGGAGAGUGGCAACAGGUUGAGAUUCGUUACGUCAACAAGACUGUGACCUUGACCGUGGGAGAAGAUUGUGACACACAGAUCUUCGUGAUGUAUGGCGACCAGAUUACAAACAACUCCUGUGCCUCGCGAACGACACAUUUCCUCCCAGACAUGUGUGCCAUCAACACAAACAUCUGUUACCGUCUGUUGGACCUAACGGGACCGUUCCAGAUCGGGGGACUGCCUCGACUGCCUUCCACGUUCCAGAUCCAGAACAAGGACUUUGAAGGCUGUAUGAAGGACAUCUACAUAGACAAUGAGCUGCUAGACCUCAACAAAUCUGUGUCUAACGUGGGCACACAGAAGGGCUGUCUGGAGAAGAAGAACUUCUGUGCCGAAGCUCCCUGUCGGAUGGGAGGUACCUGUGUUAAUGGCUGGGGUGUCUACAGGUGUGAAUGCCCAAACAAAGCUGGAAACAAAGACUGUAGUCAAGUGAUUGAUGGACCAAAGAGACUUGAUGGAACAGGCUUCCUGCGGUACACUAAUAACUCAUUGAGCAGCGUGGAGAUCUUCAUGACAUGGUACAACGGUCUGUCCUUCAGGACACGUGCCCAGUCGGGAGCUCUCAUGUACAUCAGGCUUGUCAACAGCCACUCCAUCCUGAUGCAGCUGGUAGAUGGGUAUGUUCACUACAGCUAUCGCAAUGAUGAUGGAAUCCAGAACUACCCCUUCAGUGCUGUCAAGGUCAACGACGGCCAGUGGCAUUACUUUGAGGUCAGGUGGCAGGAUCGUGGUCAGCUACUCUUUCUCCUUGACUAUGGACACUGGCAGAAAGUUGACACGGUCAUAGGAAAUCUACAGAACCAGAGGAUUGAGCAGAUAUAUGUGGGAGCUGAGAGGAUAGGCACUGGCGCCAUAUCUAAAGGAUUUGUUGGCUGUGUGGAAGACAUGCGAGUAGGGAACACACCCAGUGCCAUCCUGAUUCGACCUCAGAGUCACAAUGUAGACGAGGGUUGCACUAUUGCCAAUCCGUGUGAUAACAACCCCUGUCAUGCUGGCGCCACCUGUGUCGAUCAAUGGGCAGACCACUCUUGCAUCUGUCCUCCAGGUACGCUUGGCCCUAACUGUGAAGACAUCUGCCAGACGUACAACCCCUGUGAGAACUGGGGUAACUGUCGGGGCCCAACCUUUGGUCAGAACAUCAACUACACCUGCGACUGUGGUCUGAUGACCAAUGGUGACCACUGUGAAAUCGUUGCCGAGCAGCCAUGUCCAGCCUCUUGGUAUGGACACCCCAUCUGUGGGCCAUGUAAUUGCUCCAGGAAGCUGGGCUUCAACCCGGCCUGUAACAAAUCUACAGGAGAGUGCUCCUGCAGGGAAAACCAUUACCGACCAGCAGGCUCCGAUUCGUGUAAAAGCUGCGACUGUUACCAUUAUGGAUCUAAGAACCAGUCCUGUCACCCCGUUACUGGUCAGUGUUUCUGUAUAGACACUGUGAUUGGUCAACAAUGUAAACAGUGUGAUAGCGAGUUUGCAGAGAUCAACCUACUGAGAGGUGGCUGUACAGUAAAUUACUACAUGUGCCCUCGUACCUAUGAUGAAGGUGUGUGGUGGGACGGGGUACUGUUUGGAAACCGUACAGUACAAGAUUGUCCUGAUAAAGCUAUAGGUGAUGCCAAGAGGAAUUGUACUAAGGAUGGCAAAUGGCUGGCACCGGAUCUGUUUAACUGUACUCAGCCCGACUUUGUCUCUCUCCAGACACAGAUUAACAAGAUAGAGUCUGGCGAGUUAAAGAUCACAACCUUUGUGGCCAAAAAAAUUAUGAGGAAACUUUGUGAUGCUGUGAUGAAGGCCACCCGACUGUUUGGAAAUGAUAUUUAUAUUACGUACCGCAUCCUGAACCAGACUCUAGCUUACGAGGUCCAACAAACUGGCCUGAGUCUGACAUCGGAGCAGGACAGCACAUACCUACAGAGCAUGCUUGAUAUCCUGAGUACGGUCAUGGAACCCCGCUACAAUAACGACUGGCUGGUCAUCAACAAAAACUCAGGUGGCAUUGCCGAGUUGCAAUGGAAACUGGAGAAGUACUUGGCUAUUUUGUCAGAGAACCUUGCCACUCUACAGAGCAAACCUUACAGUGUUGUGUCGGAAAACAUUGUUCUGGUGAUGGACAACUUGUCAGCAGAAAAUUUCUCCGGUCAGAGGAUACCCAAGUUUAACAACAUUGUAAAGAAGGAUACCUUUGAUGACGAUACCUACAUCAUGCUGUCUCAGUCGGUCGUUUCCACACCCCUUCCCUCAGAUCCGUUAGCGCCAGUCUUUGAAGCUAUCUCGUCAUCCACGGCGUAUGUAGGCUUCAUCAUGUACAAGAACCUAGGUGACAUUUUACCAAAGAUAUUUGAUUCAAAUGUCAGACAAAUUGAGGAGCGGCCGCUGGAUGUUAAUGCCCCGGUCAUCACACUUCUGGUGAGGGACCAGGGGGAGCUUGUGACCGGGGCGCUGGCGGAGCCUAUCAAGAUGGUGUUCAAACAAGAUAUGACAGUAAAUCGGUCAAGUCCACAGUGUGUCUACUGGAAGCACAGCCCGAACUCAUAUGUUGGUGAAUGGUCCACCAGUGGCUGUGAGAUAACUGACCGCUAUGAGAGGGAAAUCCUGGAAGGAAGUGAUCCUGCUGUACUGCAGAAAUUCAUAGAAUGCUCAUGUGAUCACAUGACUUCAUUCGGUGUCCUCAUGGAUGUUGCAGACUCAGAGUAUGUUGCCAAGGGCGCCAUUUCUUUGGAGGUUGUCAGCUUCAUCGCCAUAGGAAUAACAUUGAUCUGCCUGUUUGUGGCGUUCUUCAUCUUCAUGUGCUUCAAACAUCUCCAGAGUAAUGCCAACAGUAUCCUCAUCAACCUGGUGUUCACCAUCUUCAUAUCCGACCUGGCGUUCAUCUCGGGCGUGUAUAGGACGGAACCAGAGCUGUUUUGUCGGUUGGUGUCCAUAUCGCUACACUACUUUUACCUGGCGGCAUUCUCCUGGCUGUUUGUCGAGAUGUUACACCUUUACCGCCGCCUCACUGAGAUCCGGGACAUAAACUACGGCUCCAUGAAGUUCUACUAUCUCAUUGGAUAUGUUAUACCUGGUAUCAUCGUCGGGCUGUCUGUUGGGCUGUACACAGACGGGUACGGUGGCUCACAGUUUUGUUGGCUGGACAUGGCCCAAUCAUUUAUAUGGAGCUUUGCUGGACCUGUUGUAUUUGGAGUGCUGGUAAUCAUCCUAACAUUUAUACUUGCCCUGAAGGCGAGUUUUAGAGAAAAAAUCCAUGUCAACGACAUUGUCGGAUUCAGGGCCCGUAUAUUCUGUGGCCUGGCCAUCCUCCUGUUGUUAGGUGUCACCUGGAUACUGGGACUUGUGUCUGUUAACUAUAACCUGGUGCCCCUUCACUACGCCUACGCCAUCUUCUCAUUGGCUGAAGGUGGCUUCAUAUUCGUGGCCUAUAUCGUGGGUGAUAAAAAGGUGCGGCUUCAACUAAAGAAGCAAUGGUAUAAAUGUCAGGGAAAGAAAUUGGAAAUGGCGGAGAACCUUGGCGGCACCCGAAGCUCGAGAUCUGCACUGGCCUAUCGCACAGACAAUUCCAUGGACGGUUGUAUUAACCGGACGAUGAAUGUUGGGAUUUCUACGACGUCGACGACAAGUCGGUCGACCAGUAAGAGUUCUGGAGGUCUGUACAAGGGUGAGGACUAUCUGCGUAGUACCAGUACCUCUACCUCUGGCCACGUCCCCUCCGAAAGCUUGUACCCCCCUAAUGCUGGGAUCCCGCCCUAUGGAUACGACCUCAAGGCUUAUCACGAAAAAAGACCAAACGGCACUACUGACCACAUGGAUGGCCCAAACAAACGCUCAGGGAACGACUCAGACUCUGACAGUGACGGGUCAGUGGGCCGUGCUAGCCUCAGUCUGGCAUCCAGUCACUCCUCAGAUGACGAAGACGACGUCGCUUUUACAUGGGAGAAAGAAAUGCCAUUAAAUCAGAAAGUUGAGGAAGCUAAAGAACAAGCAAGAAAGAAAAAGAAAGAAAAUGAUGACGCAGAAAAACAGAAAAACAAUGCCAAUACAGUCAACCCACCACCGCUGUACAGCCAAAUACAACAACAACAGAACCAAUAUGGCCACUGGCCGGGUGACCCAAACCUGUCGGGUUUCCAGUUCACGGAGUCGGAAGAUUAUCGCCAGUCAGACCAAGUGACCAUGUCCAGUGUACCACCUGACGUUACACUGCCGGCACAGGAACUACAAGCUAGUCACAGGGAUUAUAUAAUGCCGCCUGUGCGGACAGACAGUCUGUUGAAUGACUCGAGCAGUAGUAAUACUCACGGACCAUUCCAUCCCCCUCCAGACCCUCGCGUCAAGGUGCAGGUCCUUACUCAUAACGGCAGUAUAUCCUCAGAUUCAGAGUGCAGCCAUGAAACCUCCGUAUGACAGUGCAUGUCCGCAUGAUUGAAAAUCACCAUAGUAACGUGAUCUGUUGCCAAAGUAACUGACGAGGAUUAUGCAUUUACAGACGUGGACUAAUAUGUGAUCAUCCAGUUACAAUAUCUUGAUCUCAAGCUGUCCCAAAUUUGGCCGCUCAUCUUAUUUUUCAUCUCCAUUUGAUUUUGUAUUCAAUGUCAUGAUCACCUCAUCUUCAUUUUAUUUUCAUCUUCAUCAUAAAUAUCGUCAUUUCACAAAGUCGUGCAUAAUCACUCGGAAUAAAAUAUACACUGUAUCUACAAAUUAGGAGAAAUGAAAUCCUUAUAUACAUGUUUGAUAUAUAUAUGACAAAAUGUACGAUUUAUUAUAUAAUAUUUUGUAUAGGUUAAGUCUGACGCGUUUGUGUUACUUAACCUUAAAACUGUGUGAAACAUAUUAACUGUAGCUGUAACGAAAUAUAGCGUGAAAAAGGAUGUGAUUGUGUGAAGUUUCCCGUCUGAUUAGGGAAGUAAAAUGUAGUAAUGAAGACAGUCCGGUGUUGAGGACUUAUUCGUGUGUGCUCAGUAUUUAAUCUCUGUAUUGUCCAGGGUUAUGCUAGUCGUGUAUAUAUCUCAUGAGGAAUAUAAUGAAUGGAAUGAGAAAAUGAGUACCUAACCAUUACUAAAAAUCAGAAAACAAUAACUAAUUACUAAAAAUUUAAUGACAAUUAGGUUUGUAAAUUAAAAAAAAAAAAAAA